AUGUCUCAGUCUCCCGGCGGGGGCAGUAGCAGCAGUGUUUCUCCGGCAUCCGACGGCGGCCGCCGUUGUCGCAGCCCGUCAGUGUACCGGGGCGUGAGGAGGAGAAAGAGCAGCGGGAAAUGGGUCUCCGAAAUUCGGGAGCCCAGAACCCCGAACAGGAUAUGGCUGGGCACUUUCCCCACCCCGGAGAUGGCGGCCGCCGCCUACGACGUGGCGGCGCUCGCUCUCAAGGGGGGUGAAGCCCAGCUCAACUUUCCCAACUCAGCUUCUUCUCUCCCUGUCCCCGCUUCCACCUCGCCGCGGGACAUUCAGGCCGCGGCUGCCAGUGCAGCCGCGGCUGCUGGGGCCGCGGUGGACGCCUUUCGGGCACAACCGCCUGAAGUUCCGGUUAGCUUGGAUAAUAAUAUUGAUGUUAUUGAUCAUGGGUUUGUGGACGAGGAUUUGAUAUUUGAUUUGCCGAACGUUCUUGCGAACAUGGCCGAAGGGUUGCUAAUUAGCCCUCCGCCAAGUAUUAAUUACGGAUUUGCUGAUCAUGAUAAUAAUGUUGAUCAUGGAAGUUAUAAUAAUAUGGAGGAUGCAGGGUAUUAUCUCUGGAAUUAUCAAUAAUUAAAUUCAUCAAGAUAAUAAUUAUUGAUUAAAAAUAAAUCAGUAAAAUAAGAAAUUAGUGUGUGUGUGUGGAAUGAGUGUGUUACAUGAUGUAAUAACAUAUAUAUGUUGCUUGUAAAUUAAGGAUUUAAUGCAUGCUUAAGGGUUUGCCUUGCAUUUAUAAUUUGUGUGUUAAGUAAGAUAUAUGUAU